AUGGAAGCCAACGCUGUUAACCACAAUUCAAACAUUAACAAUUCUCAACCGCUAACCAAAGCCAAAGCCCCACAACCUCCAAGAACUGGCACAGCGGUUAGAAUAACCACCAAAAAGUCUAACAGCGAAUUAAGAGAAAUUCUUCAACAAAUUUGCUCUAAAUAUCUCAAAGACGCCGAAGAAAACACACAACCAGACGCUACAUACAAUACUCAGUUCUGUGAAGUUCUGAACAAAGCAAUUACUAGUUCAAUUGAACUUACUAAGACAAUUCCAAGUCCAAUUGAGCUUAGCGAUGUCUUAGUUCAGUAUUUUCCAACAUUUACUAAGCUUAUAAUGUUGAGAACUUUAUACCAAGUUCGUCAAAAUCUUCCUCGUUACAUCCAACGGUCAUUCGACACGAGAAUUGCCGAAUUCACACCAGAAGACUAA